AUGUUAUCCUAUAUAUCUGCUGCUUUCCAGUCCCCGUCGCCAGACGAAGGCGUACAGCAGCGACCUCCACGGUAUGCCGGUGAAGAUACCACCCCAACGAGCCGCCGGGAGAUCUUAGGAUGGUAUUCGUAUGGAAUUGCGGCUGAAGUGUUCGCGGUCUGUGGCGUAGGAUCUUUUCUACCCCUCACCUUGGAACAGUUAGCCCGUGAGCGCGGCACCCUACAGACGAGCCGUCUUCCCUGUAUCAGACCGUCGGCAGGGAAUAGCACACAUGAUGCUGAAAAUGGCCAAUGUGUUGUCCCUGUAUUUGGCCUCGAGAUCAACACAGCUAGCUUCGCCAUGUACACCUUCUCACUGGCAGUGCUUAUCCAGGCGCUAACACUAAUAUCGUUCAGCGCACUGGCGGAUUACGAGAAUAACCGCAAGACAUUGCUUAUGGUAUUCGGAUUCACCGGUGCGCUCGCCAGCAUGCUGUUCGUCUUCAUUGCACCACCGAUCUUCGUUCUCGGAUCGAUAUUGGUCGUCGUCGGUGUAACCUGUCUUGGUUCAUCCUUCGUUGUGCUGAACUCUUAUCUGCCCGUCCUUGUCGCCAACGAUCCAUCUCUGCAAGAUAGGAACGCCGCGGAAUUGUCGAGCUUCGACCGAGACGGAGGUAACUCGGAAUGGAAUGCAUGGGGUAACGAUGAUGCCGACGAUGAUAGCUUAGACGGACUUCAGCCACCGGGCGAGCGACAGAGUUCACUAGAAGGUGGAAUGGGAUCCAAGGCCCCGCCCUCGUCCUCGCCGGAGCUGCAGCUGUCCACCAAAAUCUCCUCCAGAGGCAUCGGUCUUGGAUAUUGUGCCGCGGUAUUUGUGCAAAUCCUCAGCAUUAUCAUGCUGAUCACAUUAUCCAAGACCUCGCUUGCAAAAGCGUCCCCCAGUCUUCCCAUGCGCUUUGUACUACUUUUGGUCGGCAUUUGGUGGGGCGCAUUUACCCUGGUCACCCGUAAUUUGCUCAAGACACGACCGGGGCCUCGGCUGGAUACAGUCUCCACCAAAGGUGCCGGAAGAUGGCGCGCCUGGCUGCGUCUGGUCGGCUUUGCCUGGAAAUCCCUCUGGAAAACCAUCAAAGUAGCGAUGAAACUGCGCGAAGUCCUCAUCUUUCUUGUAGCAUGGUUCCUACUCUCGGAUGCGAUGGCCACGGUCUCUGGGACGGCGAUUCUCUUCGCACGCACAGAACUCAAACUAAGCACACCCCUGAUCGGACUCCUCUCGAUUACUGCGACGGUGUCCGGCAUGACGGGCGCAUUUCUAUGGCCACACGUAUCUCGGUACUUCGGCCUGCAGCCUAAUCACACCAUCAUCCUGUGCAUUGCCCUGUUUGAGCUGAUACCACUUUACGGCUUGCUUGCUUACAUCCCCUUCAUCAAAAACUGGGGUGUAUUCGGGUUACAGCAGCCGUGGGAGAUCUUCCCACUAGCCAUCGUGCACGGAGUAGUCUCAGGCGGACUAGCAUCAUACUGCCGGUCAUUCUUCGGACUCUUAAUUCCACCUGGUAGUGAGGCUGCAUUUUACGCUCUUUAUGCUGCUACGGACAAGGGGAGCUCAUUCAUAGGACCGGCAAUUGUGGGUGUACUUGUCGAUGCGACCGGCCAAGUUCGGAGUGGCUUUUUCUUUAUUGCUGUUAUAAUCAUUCUCCCGAUUCCCCUCGUUUGGAUGGUUAAUGCCGACAAGGGUCGGCGAGAAGGUUUGGCUAUGGCUGAAACCCUGGGCAAGUCACACGGUGGGCCCGCUGAGUAUGCCCAGGAAGCUGAAGGGCUUCUGGCUCGCGAGUAG